AUGACAGUUCUUGAUGAGGAUUCUUCCUCACCUUUGGAGGAGUUAAAAAAUAGACAUAAAAAAGAGAAAAAAGAAUUACAAGCUCAGAUAACUAAAUUAAAGAAUCAAGCAAAGAAUGAUAAAAAAAGGAAAAAAGAAAUACUUGGUGAAGUUGAAAAAUUACAAAAAGAACUUGAUGAGAGACAUAAAAAAGAAAUUGAUGAACUAAAUCCUGAUACUAUCUCAUCUACAUCUAAUGGGGAUGAUGAAUUAUUUUUACGAUAUGAAGCUGAAAGACAAGCUGCUGAGAAAGCUCGUGAAAAAGCUCGUAUCAAACAUGAAAAACAUCAAGAAAAGAAGGAAGAAUUUAACAAAAAAAUGUCUAAAUUAGCUGCUGAACAGGCUGUAGCUGAUUUAACUUCAAAAAAAACGCUCGAAGCUAAAGAGAUACAAGAAAAAUUAGAUGUUUAUAAUAGAACCGUAUAUGAGAUAGCUCCAGAUGGUGAUUGUUUAUUUAAUUCAAUAUCUCAUCAACUUUCACAACAUGGAAUUGUAUAUAAUGGUGAAGAUUUAAGGAAAAUUGCUGCUAAACAUAUAGAAGAAAAUAAAGACGAUUUUUUUCCAUACCUUAUGAUAGAAGAAGAUCAAUUUGAUAAAUAUAUUUUUGAAACUGCAAAUAUUGCAGCUAAUGGUGGUAAAUGGGGUGGUCAUCCAGAGUUAAAGGCAAUUAGUGAUUCUUUAAAAAAGAAAAUUGAAGUUGUUCAAUCUGAAAUGAGAAAUGUUAUUAUUGGUGAAGAGUAUGAUGGUUCUCCUAUUAUUAUUACCUAUCAUAAAAAUGCUUAUGGAUUAGGUGAACAUUACAAUUCAACAAUUAUCAGGAGUACCACUGUUUAG